ACAGGACAGCCGGCAGUAACAGACACUUUAGCUACUCCGUCUUUAACGGCUUCUUCUCAUCACGAUGAAGCUUACUUUUAAGGUAUGUUGCCCCUCCCUUCCUGCACACCCCGCUGUUCUCCAAUAUCGAAAUUUGAUGCAUGACCCCACACAUAUAACUAACCGCUCUCCCCUUCACUCGCAGGAUCUCAAACAGCAAAAGUUUGUCAUUGAUGCCGAGCCCACCGAUACGGUAAUUAUUGAUUCCCCUCCGUCUUAUAUAAAUGAGAAACGAAAAGCCACAAAAGUUACUAACCCGGCCGUCAACUAGAUUUCCCAGGUGAAGGAAAAGAUUAGCACAGAGAAAGGAUGGGACGCUGCGGCCCAAAAGCUCAUCUACUCUGGUAAGAGCUUUUCUUUGUUCUAUAUAUAAGAAGUCCCAUGAAAUAAUGUAAUCUUUGACGGCAGGUAAAAUCUUGCAAGAUGACAAAACUGUUGGGGACUACAAAAUUGAAGAAAAAGGAUUUGUGGUUUGCAUGAUAUCAAAUAAAGUAUUCCAAUCCCAUGUAUAGUCACUCGAUGGACAGAAACUGAUAGUUAAAUAAGCCUAAAGCUGCACCUUCGUCUUCCGCUGCUGGCUCUAGUUCGGCUUCCACCCCGGCGAAAGCGCCCUCAACACCAGCUCAAAGUUCUGUCCCUGCCACCCCCUCCGCUCCAGUUCAGGUUGCGACAGGUCCCUCAACCUCAGCCACUGUGCCGGAGACACCAUCUCCUGCGGGCGCCGCCACCGGUUCCGCUUCGCUACCACCAGCUGCCUUCAAUGAUCCGUCGGCAUUAACAAUGGGAGGUGAGAGGGAAGACGCCAUUGUUAAUAUGAUGGGAAUGGGCUUUGAGAGGAGUGAAAUCGAGAGAGCCAUGCGCGCCGCGUUUUUCAAUCCAGAUAGAGCUGUUGACUACCUUCUAAACGUAAGUAACAGGACUAUACACCACGCACAUUUACUUCAAUCUAUGGGAUCUCCACAUAGCUAAACAUUUUUCAGGGUAUCCCCGAACGCCUUACACAGGAACGGCUGGCUCAGCCCUCUGCCGCACGCCCAGGCACGCAACCGGCCCAAUCUGCUGCUAGACCCGCUUCUGCUACUGCUCCCGCCGCUGGAAGUAGCGCCUCUGGAGAAGGGGCUGAGCCCGAGAACAUCAACCUGUUUGAAGCCGCCGCCGCCGCCGCCAGCCAGCGCGGAGGUGCACAUAGUCAGGGAAGAUCUGGAGCUGCUAGUCUCGCGAACCUUGACUUCCUCAGAAACAAUCCCCAGUUUCAACAAUUGCGUCAAGUCGUUCAACAGCAGCCACAGAUGCUUGAGCCAAUCCUGCAACAAGUCGGUAUCGGGAAUCCACAACUUGCAGCAUUGAUCAGCCAGAACCCCGAUGCUUUCCUGCAGCUGCUCAGUGAGGAUCCAGGUGAUGAGGAGGGCGGGCCAUUGCCUCCAGGCUCCAACCAAAUUGCAGUUACUCCUGAAGAGAGAGACGCUAUUGAGAGAGUAAGUCUCUUCCUGUUCCUUCAUAUUUCGACUAUCUAGGCCGAAAACCACAGCGGCUAAUUGUGAUCCCAGUUAUGUCGUCUUGGCUUCAAUAGAGAUAUGGUCAUUCAAGCGUACUUUGCUUGCGACAAAAACGAAGAGCUCGCAGCCAACUUUUUGUUUGAGCAACCCGAUGAUGAUAUGGACGGUUAAAUAUCUUUCCACUUCCUUCCCCUUCAUACCUUGUUUUUCCCGCAUUCCCUAGUCUAAUCUAAACAUGGGGUGAACACCAACUUCAAAAUCGAAGGUCUCUCGAAAGUGUGGGAGUGAUGCAUGAAUGAUUGAUGCUGGAUGACUCACUUUUUCAUUUUGCCCCUCCUCCUCUUUUUCCAUAAUUCGCUCUUAUGAAACUCUACUAUUAUCUCUUUUUGUUUCUUUUCUUUUCGUUUCUUCCCCUUGGCAGUCACCUUUAGUUUUUCUAUGUAAUCUCUCUGCUCCUUUUGAAGUUUGGGAUUGGCUAUGAGCAUACAAAAAUUGGAAUCUUGAGUGCAUGUAAACUGGCUGCUUCUAUCUACUAUUAUUAGCGUAUUGCAACCUUCUUCACUGAUUGUUCGGAGAAGCGUCAUUCAUCU